GGAAGGAAAGACAGGAGUCGCCUGGUUGCUUUUUGACAGUCACAUGACGGAGGCUUAAAGGGAACGGGACUCUGUGUUCAAGGCGGGAGUCUGGGCAAUUCAUUUGAUUGUCACUGUUUAAUAAGAUGGCUGACGAUCUGAAAAGAUUUCUGUACAAAAAGCUGCCAAGUGUUGAAGGACUUCAUGCUAUUGUCGUGUCAGACAGAGAUGGUGUGCCUGUUAUCAAAGUUGCCAACGAUAAUGCUCCAGAGCAUGCUCUUCGACCUGGUUUUUUGUCGACCUUUGCACUGGCAACAGAUCAGGGCAGCAAAUUAGGCCUCUCCAAAAACAAGAGUAUUAUCUGUUACUACAACACAUAUCAGGUGGUUCAGUUCAAUAGGUUACCAUUGGUAGUCAGUUUCAUCGCUAGCAGCAAUGCCAAUACAGGGUUGAUUGUAAGCUUGGAAAAAGAGCUUGCACCCUUGUUCGAAGAGCUGUGGCAGGUUGUGGAGGUAUCUUAAUCGAAUCCAUCUGCAGAAUACAACAUCUCCUCAGUACCAAACAAAAGAGAAAGUCAGUCCUUCUCAAUGACCUGCCAUGCAAAUGUCACUUCCUCAUGUUCUAAAUUUAAAAAGGAAGAUUCUUCAUUGUGCUACAUCUGAAAUCACAAAGUAAUAUGAUUAUAAAGCAAGACUGGGAGAGGUGGGCUGUAACUGCAUUCAUUAAACUAUGGGGAACUUUGAGCAACUCCCAUGGAGUUAACCUCAGGCAAUGCAUUGUGCAGAUCAUAUUUCAUGAAGUGUCCAAAGCAGGAAAAAUGGGGUUUGAUCAAAUAUGGUACCCACGGCUUCCCUCCGCCUUCUAGGCUGUCGUUCUAGAAACUGGGAGAAAAACAUUAUUUUAACAUUAUCUUGCAAUGAUCUCAUUACAAGGGGAAAUUUUGCUGGCACUGAUAGGCAGUUGGUUACUGCUGUUGUUGGUUUUUUAAAAAGACCUAAUAGACAGCUGACUGCUUUUUAACAGACACUUGCUAGCUCUUCAGCACUUUUGGUGUGGAAAUCAAAGUUCUCAGUUGUUGUUUGUUCUCUCUCUACAUAUUUCCUUGUAAAAUACAAGGAGGAUAAAAUCUGUGUCAUCCCAGUGGUCACUGAUGUCUGAGUACAUGGCAAUGGUGGUGCUUUGUGGGCUCACACUUGUUUUGCUGCCUCAUUUACCUUUGCU